CUCUGUCUAGUGUUCUUUCCAAUUGCUCCUGGUUUUCCCGUCUCUUUGUCUCUUCCCUCGUUGAAAUGGAGCCCCAGGUCAUCUUGGAGGAUGACCCUGUGGAUGCCUUGCGCACCCUCAAGGAUUUGGCCGCGGGUGCUGCUGGUGGUAUUGCGCAGGUUCUUCUCGGUCAGCCUUUCGAUAUCGUCAAGGUCCGAUUGCAAACCUCUUCUCAAUACUCAAGCGCCCUGGACGGUGCCACGCAAAUUCUCAAGAAGGAGGGUCCUCUCGCUUUCUAUAAAGGAACCCUGACCCCAUUGAUUGGAAUUGGCGCCUGUGUCAGCGUGCAAUUUGGAGCCUUCCACGAGGCCCGCCGACGCAUUGAGGAACUCAACAAGAAGAAGUACGCCGACAGCACCCUCUCCUAUGGCCAGUACUACCUUGCUGGAGGUUUCGCGGGUCUCACCAACUCUGUCCUCGCGGGACCCAUCGAACAUGUCCGUAUCCGUCUGCAGACCCAACCCCACGGCGCAGACCGACUCUAUAGCGGUCCUCUGGACUGCAUCCGCAAGCUCUCCUCCCAGGGUGGUGUCCUCCGCGGCCUCUACCGCGGCCAGGCCGUCACCUACCUCCGGGAAGUCCAAGCAUAUGGCAUGUGGUUCCUGGCCUUCGAGUACAUGAUGAACCUGGACGCGAAGCGCAACAACAUUAAGCGCGAGGAUAUCUCCAGUCUCAAGGUUGCUGCCUACGGUGGUUUGGCCGGUGAAGCUCUCUGGCUGAGCAGCUAUCCCUUCGACGUGGUGAAGAGCAAGAUGCAGUGCGACGGAUUCGGCGCACAGCAGCAGUUCAAGAGCAUGAGAGACUGCUUUAAGAAGACGUAUGUUGCCGAGGGACUCGGUGGGUUCUGGAAAGGUAUCGGACCGACUCUUCUCAGGGCUAUGCCAGUUUCAGCGGGAACCUUCGCUGUUGUUGAACUUGCCAUGAGAGCUAUGGGUUAAAUGCAUCUGUCCUGGAUAAUGUCUAGCAAUUCCUGGCGCUCUCCUUCCAUUCUAGCACCCCUCGCCGCUUUUGCUCCCCCUGACCGACCUGAGCUGAUCAGUGAUCAUUAUACAAUCAAACAUUUCACUCACUGGGCUUGAUCUAAGCACCAGAUCUGAUCACUGGCCCCCCCAACCUAAGCAUACCAGAUUGCUUACUAAACUCCUGGAAUUCAGGAUGAUCUGGGUAAGCGGGCUUAAUAAAACAUGGCGUUGCUUGCUUAACCACUAUACAAAGAGUUAGCAUCAUACAGUUACACUGAUCUAGUGAUCUUUCCUUUGCAAACAGGAUAUGCCCUAGUCAAUUCAUUUCCUUGGAUAAUUGAACCUAUCGCAGAUUUUAAUGCUCGUGCUUCCCAUGUAAUGGCCAGAUCUGAGAGAACUACAUAGGCAGAUGUGUAAUUCCUAGAUCUAUAUAAAUUAUUUUGUUUUAUUGGAUA